AUGUUUGGUGAUCAGACAGAAAAGAAGACGGGUGGACCACAAAGUCGGAAAAAGAAAGAAUCAGAAGAAGAGAAAAUAAAUAACCGCGAUGAAGUCGAUUUUGUUGAUGAAAAGAUUCAUCUCAAAAUGUCUUCUUGCCUUUCUUCUGGUUCCCUUGAUUCGGCACCUUCUUCUGCAACUUCGUCUGCUCCAUCUUCCACGUCAUCAAUACGUGCACGUCGUAACUGGUCGGUUUUUUCGGAACGUCUUCGCGAGACACUUAGUAAAUCUCGGAAGUCGUCCACUGCAGAUUCACUGAUAUUGUUUGAUGUGAAGUGUGUUGAGAUUUCAAGCGAGGAUAGUGAUUGCAUGUGGAUUUAUCAACGGGAUAUUUCAUCUUUCGAUUCUGAUUUCGACGAUUUCGAUGAUUCUCACCUUCGAAUAUUCAAAUUUUUCCCACCGAAUAAGCCAACUUCUUUGCAUUCUCUUGCUUCUGGUUUUGACAACACUGGAAAUGUUAGAAUUUGGCCAGGGAGCGAAGCUUUGGCAUGGCUGAUUCUGAAAGAUUCCUCGAGUAUUUUGGCACGUGGAAACCGGAUUCUAGAGCUUGGAGCAGGCUUUCUAGGCCUCUCAAGUUUCCUAAUCGCUAAAAAGUUUCCUGAAACAACAGUUUGGAUAACUGAUGGAAAUCUAGAGUCGAUAAAUUCCUUGAAACAAAUUCGAAAUGCAAAUCCUGAUUUCCUUAAUCGAGUUCAUGUCCAACAACUGAUUUGGGGUCAAGAUCAGUUGAAAACAUCGCGAUUCAAUACAAUUCUAGCGGCUGACUGUGUCUUUUUUACGGAGCAUCACGAGUCUUUGAUGAAAUGCAUUCACUCGCACCUCGCACCAAAUGGAAAUGCAGUGAUAUCGAGUCCACGUCGGAAACAAAGCCUUCAAAAAUUUCUCGAUUAUGUUCAGAAUGCUUGGAGUGAUGAGUUCUCGGAAUUGAAAGGUGCUCUUCAACUCGGUGUUCUCAAAACCGCUGAUUCGGUAUCUCUACGAGUCGGAGGUCGAAAUGGAUUAGAUUUGGAAAUCAAGGAAGAAGUCGUCAACCAAGUCGCUGCGUUUGUCUGGGAUACUGUAUCAGAAGACUGGGCUGAUGACUUGGCGAGAUUCACGGUGCAUGCAGGAAGGCAGAAAAUUAAUAUGGAUGAUAUUUCUUUGUUGACAAGAAGAAAUCCAGAGUUGUUUCAAGCGGCAUGCAAACUGGCGGGUGUCGACCAUCACCAAGACGCCGCUGGACAAAAAACUGGAAAAGGAAGAAAGAGAAAGAAAGAAGAAGUCGUUUCUAUUCAACAUUCAAAACUGUCGGAGGACGACAUAACAGUACUCGAUGACAAUAAUGCACUACAUACUCCAAAAUCAUAUCUCAAAAAACCGAAACUCCAAGAGGAAAUAUCGAAAGGGAGACUAACAUCAACACCUAAAGUCGCAGAGAGAACUCUCAAAUUUCCUGAUGACAUAACACCGAUUCGCCCGACAGAUAAUGAAGUUUUCAGUUCAAAUCUAGUGAAUUUGAGUGUAAUUGAAGAAGAAAAGACAUCCUUAGAGGAUAAGCAAAACGAAGAAGAGGAGCAAGACUCAUUUGAUGUUUUCGGAUCAAUAAAAGGAAACGAUUCAUCCAAAACGAUUACUAAUAUGUCAUCUCUCUUAAAAAGAGCCGAAGAAUAUUCUUCUGUCGUCGAAUCAACGAAUGAUCGUCUUGAGAAUGAGCGAUUGGAAAGGAUGAUUCCAGCUGAUGUAGAAGAAAUAGAUAAUGUUAGUAUCGAUUCGUUUGAUAACUAUAAUGUACACGAAGAGCCUCCAGUUGACAAAAGUGCCGGAACACCGAAAAAUGCGGUAUUCAAUAAUAAAAUGUCUUCAUUCGCUUUCGACGAUGAAGACUCUUUCGAUGAGCCGGUGGUUAUACACGUUUCAAAGACAACACCGAAAAAUGCAAGUACUUCCGCGGAGAAAAAGUAUAACAACGAAGUUUUAAUCACUAAGAAUGCUUCGAAUUUCAGAGGAAAAGGUAUCGAAACUACUCCGAAAACCUCUACAGCGACUAAGAAGAACAAAAAAUUACAACGGGAUCACGACAGUUUUGACGAAUUUGAUUUCGACAUUUAA